AUGUCUGUUAAUCAAUGCAGUUCGUUCAUUAUUUACAUUGUGUCAUGUGUUGCUCUUUCGAGAGGUUACUUUUCGCUGAUGACACAUGCAUCAAUAUACGUCGACGUGGCUCCCGAAGUGGAGAACCUGGAAGUUGAGAAGCGGUAUACACCUGAACUUCUGGAUGAGCUGCAGUCCGCAAAGGCCGAUGCGCUCCUCCUCUACACAGAGUACACGGCUCAGGCUAGCACUGAUCUGAAGACUUUCAUUAGAAAUAUAUCCCGAUUGACAGAAGAUACUGUGAGAGGCAUGAAUAAGACUUUGCUGGAUAGCGCUCCUUCCACAUGCAGAACAGAAUUCGAGAAGCAUCUAAAGAAGAUAGAAUAUGACGCGCACCGCGCUGCUACGUUUAGCGCCGAAAAUCAUCACAAAUUUUUCUUGGGGCAUAUGAUCGUCUUUCGGAUGCAUUUGAAUAAGAGUGAAGAAUACAUACGAAAAUGCGAUACGAUUAUAAAAACCUGUGGUACUCCUUGUGAAACAACACCUCGUAUGGUUCGGUGGAGGCGGCUUGCGUUAGCUGAGAUCAACAGGGUAAGAGAUGACAUACAACAUUCACGACAAUCUUACAAGGAUCUUCUGCUCCAUGUACACCGAAAGCUCAACCACUUCCGGCGGCGCGCCACCUCGCGGUCAAAAGAGGCCAUCGCGAGCUUAGAAGCUUGUACUAGGCACAGAUUAUGA